AUGUCACCUCCUUCCGCUACAUCAAACACCUCUCUUCCCAUCCACCCGGCACCAGCGAAGAGCGCCCAUCAGGACUCAAAACUGACUGAACUGGAAAAGUCAGAACUGGCCCUCGCCGAGAAAUUUAGCUCGCCCGAUGUUUACAUUAGUGGCGAGCGGGACACGUGCUGGCACCCUUGGCAUGAAAAUCUUGAGCUGAAGCCGCUGCGCUUCGAGACUCGGACUGGUACAUUUGUGGUUGUGUUGCGCAGCACCGAAGACACUUGGCUGGGCAAGCAUCGUCACCGUGGAAAUGUCACUGCUGUCACGUUGAACGGAGAGUGGAACUAUAAAGAAUAUGACUGGGUCGCUAGACCUGGCGACUACGUGGUCGAGAACCCCGGCACUAUUCACACUCUUCACAUGGGCAAAGGGGCGGAGGUUGUUUUCACAGUCUCGGGCAGUCUUGAGUUUUUCCACGAUGAUGAUAGCUUGAAAAACACCAUGGAUGUUUUUAGCUAUGCUCAUCUGUACUAUGAGCACUGCAAGAAGGAGGGGAUUAAGCCCAAUGAUGGAUUGUGGUACUAG